AUGGCUUCCGACGGUCCUGUCGCAACGAGCAGCAUCGGCGUGACGCCUGCUGACGUGGACAAAGCAGCUGACGAGAUUCUCGUGUACUGGUUCGGCGACUUCAUGGCGCCUGAUUAUUCUGGCCCAGCACCAGAAGACGAUGUCGUGGCAGCCAAGCAAUCCCUUUGGUUCCGCAAAGAUGCUGACGUGGACGCUUUUAUCCGUGCCAGAUUCGCUCCCCUCAUCCCACUCGCGGCGUCAGGCCAGCUGGCAGGCUGGGAGGACACGCCACGUGGCGCGCUGGCAUUGGUCGUGCUGCUGGACCAGUUCACUAGGAACAGCCUCAGGGGAUCGCCUGACUCCUUUGCUCAGGACGCAUUGGCCCGUGAAGUCGCAAAAAGGGCCAUAGCCAAGGGAUUUUACAAGCAAUUUCACCUUCGUAUUCGGUCGUUUUUCUACCUGCCAUUCAUGCAUUCAGAAGACCUAGCAGACCAAGACCUGUGUGUGCAGCUGCUGUCGGAGUCGGUAGCAGAGGCACCAGAAGGCCCACUCAAGGACUCCCUGUCCGGGUGGGUGGGCUUCGCUCACAAGCACCGUGACAUCAUUGUCAAGUUUGGCCGGUUCCCUCACCGCAACGAGGUGCUGGGGAGGGAGAGCACAGCGGAAGAGGUUGAGCACGUGGCAACACAUGGUGGGUUCUAG